UAAGGCAGAAAUAAGAGCGUCCAGGACUCGUCUCUUUCUCCAGGACGCGCACUCGGACUUCAGAGAACGCGGUUACGCACGGCGGACACGUCGCGCGCACAUCCACGGGCUUGUGGCAGCUUCAGCAAACUCGCUCGCGGGCUGAACCAUGUCCUUCAGCCCCAAACACUCAACGCCUUUCUCAGUGAGCGAUAUUUUGAGCCCGAUCGAGGAGACCUUCAAGAAGUUUGCAGCCAUGGAGAGCAGCGCGUGCCUGGCGUCUCCUCUGUACAGACAGACUCAGGUGUCUCAGGCGAACCUGCAGCAGCACAGCAUGAGCCAUAACACCUACCACAUGCCGCACUCGCAGUUCUCGCACAGCGCCAUGGGAGGAUACUGCAACGGGACUAUCGGCACCAUGGGAGACCUGCCGUCCUACCAGGAGAGCAUGAGGAACGGCGCGACGGCCACGGCUUGGUACGGCUCGAACCCGGAGCCCAGAUAUCCGACAAUCUCCAGGUUUAUGGGUCCAUCGGCGGGCAUGAACAUGGGAACAUUACCGGGCAUGGAUGCAAGUAAAUCUAUGGUGACUUUACACGCGGCGCCGCGGAGGAAACGCCGCGUGCUCUUCUCUCAGGCGCAGGUGUAUGAGCUGGAGCGCCGCUUUAAGCAGCAGAAGUAUCUGUCGGCGCCGGAAAGGGAACAUUUGGCUAGCAUGAUUCACCUGACCCCGACCCAGAUCAAGAUCUGGUUCCAGAAUCACAGGUAUAAAAUGAAACGCCAGGCCAAGGAUAAAGCGUCGCAGCCGCAGCAGGACAGCGGAAACCUGUGCACGCAGCAGUCGCCGAGACUCGUGGCUGUGCCGGUGCUGGUUAAGGACGGUAAACCGUGUCAGAACGGCUCCAGCACGCAGGUGCAGAGCGUGCUGGGCAGUGAGACUUUAGCUUCAGCAGAGGAUCUGGAGGAGAUGUCGCCCAGUCCUCCUCUGAUGAACAGCCUCUCUCAGACUGACGCCGCGCUCAUCGAGUACACGAGCGGCAUGGGGAGCUCCAACCUGCUGUACGGCAGAACGUGGUGAUAUUUCAGCCAGCGGUCAUUUUUACCACACAGACGGGAACGAUAAUUGAAUUUAAGACUUUUUUUUUUUAAACAGCACU